ACAGGCGGCAUUCACACAAUCAAUAGACACUUCAUCAUCAACGCACACAUUAACACACAUUAACACACACCCCCAACUCCGUCACAGAGUCGCACUGUCCCGUCGUUGUCGUCUGACCAUGAACACAAACCACAAACAGGAUGGACGCCACCGCGUCUCCCACGUCUCCAACGUCUCCAACGUCUCAGACCUUCAUCACCGUCCUCUGCAUCCUGUCAGGUGGACUCCUCAUGUCCCCUGUGUCCUCGUUCAAGGUGAUGGAGGGGGGCGUGGCCUCUCUGUCCUGCCAGUACUCGGUGAAGCGGUUCGGUCUGAGUCGGGUCUGCUGGGGUCGAGGUUGUGGGACUUUCUGGUGCAACAACAUCCUGGUGCAGACGGACGAGAACGGCGUCAUCUCCAAGGUGGCGGACCGGUACCGGCUGACUGGGGACGUUUUGGACGGAGAGAUGGACCUGGACAUCCUGAAUGUGAGGAGGACGGACAGUGGGCCGUACUGCUGCAGGGUGGACAUCGACGGCAUCUUUAAUGACAAGAAGGUGAUCAUGAACCUGAGGGUGGUCAAAGCUCCAGUCACCAGCUCCCCUCAUCCGCCCACCACCGACCGAGUCACACAAACGUCCACAGUGAACUGGAAAACUCUGCUGUCGUCUCAUCUGGACCUUCUGAGGAGGAACUCCAGUCUGCUGCAUUCAGACAGCGUCACAGUGGAGGACUCUCUGCCGUCGCUGUCCCUUCAGAUCAACGUUCCCGUCCUCUCUCUGUCCGUCAUCGUGUUGUUCAUCUUCGCUGCUGUUUUCCUCUUUCUAGCCUUCAAACGUGACAUUUACAGACGAGCCUUAAAGACCAGCUGUUUCUCCUCUGAAGAGCCUCCUCACAUCAUCUAUGAGAUCCGGAUGAGGAGGCCGGUGCAGGAGAACAUCUACACUCUGGACUGAAGAACCUCUGGACGUCACAGCUUCAGCUUUCAUCCUGUUCUUCAUCACAUUUAAUGCAUUAAAUACUAGUUUUACUGGAGGAA